GUCGUUUACUUUCCACUUUUGAUUUUUGCAAGAAGACUUGACCACCUUGAAUCACAGGCAGGGAAAGCAGAAGUCUCAACUCGCCUCGGGCGCUCGUUCUGCAGGCAUGUCGCAGAAAGAAAGACCAACUUUUUAUCGACAAGAGGUCAACAAGACGAUAUGGGAGGUCCCUGUGCGAUAUCAGAACUUAUCUCCCGUCGGCUCUGGUGCAUACGGAUCUGUUUGCUCUGCAUAUGAUGAAAAGACCGGAUUGAAGAUCGCUGUGAAGAAGCUGUCAAGGCCGUUUCAGUCCAUUAUCCAUGCCAAGCGAACCUACAGGGAAUUGCGGCUACUCAAGCAUAUGAAACAUGAGAAUGUGAUCGGCUUGCUGGAUGUUUUUACACCUGCCACCAGCCUGGAGGAGUUUAAUGAUGUGUACCUGGUGACUCAUCUAAUGGGUGCUGACCUGAACAAUAUUGUGAAGUGUCAGAAGCUGACCGAUGAUCAUGUUCAGUUCCUUAUUUACCAGAUCCUGCGAGGGCUUAAGUACAUCCAUUCGGCUGAUAUAAUUCACAGGGAUUUGAAACCCAGUAAUCUGGCAGUAAAUGAAGACUGUGAACUUAAGAUCCUUGACUUCGGUCUGGCUCGACACACAGAUGAUGAGAUGACAGGGUAUGUGGCCACAAGGUGGUACCGUGCUCCAGAGAUCAUGCUUAACUGGAUGCACUACAACAUGACAGUGGACAUUUGGUCAGUGGGCUGCAUCAUGGCUGAGCUGUUGACAGGCAGGACUCUGUUUCCUGGCACAGAUCAUAUAAACCAGCUUCAACAGAUAAUGCGACUUACAGGAACUCCGCCUGCCUCUCUAAUAAGCAGGAUGCCUAGCCAUGAGGCUCGUACUUACAUCAACUCACUUCCUCAGAUGCCCAAGAGGAGUUUUGCUGACGUGUUUAUCGGAGCUAAUCCACUAGCUGUGGACCUUCUAGAAAAGAUGCUGGUCUUGGACACGGAUAAGCGCAUCACGGCAGCGGAGGCUCUAGCUCACCCGUACUUUGCUCAGUACCAUGACCCAGAUGAUGAACCCGAGGCAGAGCCUUUCGACCAGAGCUUUGAGAGCCAAGAGCUUGAUAUUGAAGAGUGGAAACGUCAGACAUAUGAAGAGGUGAUAAGUUUUGAGCCGCCAGUCUUUGAAGGAGAUGAAAUGGAAUCUUGACCUUCUCUUCUGGAUGGCAAUCAAACCAACUGUACUACUUUUAGAGUAAAUGCUGUCAUUUUGCAGUAUUGUAAUCAGCCAGGCAGUAGGUUGUUUGACUGUUUCUUUUCUUUUUUAUGAUGUCUGCUGGGCCAGACAGAAGGAAUAGAUGUCAUGGAAAAUCCUUAUUUCACACAUAGAAUCUCUUCAAAAGAUUCUGAUAGUAAUACUGUCAACAAUUUUAUUCAUGCUAAUCCAUUUGUAAAUGUAACAUCUCCCUGAAAUGUCUUAGUUGUGCUGUCAUAAUGUUCUUUGUGUACAGUGCAUUACAUUUGCAGUACUUUUAAAAUGUUCAGAAAACAUUGUUCAUUUAGUUUCUGUUCAUAUAUUUUUCCAAUGAUAUAAUGAGCAUUGUAUUUAAAGAAUGAAAGUAUGUUGCUCCUUAAUCAGUUUUCAUAAAGAUGGGAUUUAUUGGCGUGUACUUUGAUAGAGCUAGGAUGAGAAAUGUAAAUUGUUGCAUUGGGUAUUGGUGAUACAUUUAGGCUGAUUGUAAAUAUACGUUCUAUAAACCUUUUCGAAUCUGUAGCGGUUUUAUUACUGAUCUUUUUCACAUUGUUUGUGUGUGUUUCCUAGGGAGGGAAAGUGUCUGUUUGUCUUUCUGUCUGAGGUUACUACUAUGAACUGUAUGCGACAUGAUAAUGCCUCCAAUAGCUGUUUUUAAAAUGCUAUUAAUUGAAUGUUCAAAUAUGAAAGUAGAGUAAAAUAUUUAUAUACUGUUGAGGUGGUAUUUAUUAACCUGAAAAACACCUGACAUAGAACACAAUGAAUCAAACACACCAUUGUUUACGGAAAAUAAAGGCCGAUAUUUUUCUGAAA